AUGACUUCAAGGUACUCGAGUAACAUUCAUCAAAGAGAUUUAAGAACACAGUUGUUCUCGUCGGCCAAUGGUAUCACCAGAGGCCCCAUCAGAUCACAAUCACCCUACGAUAAACCCGUACAACAGACAUCCAAAGAAAAUGAAUCAUUUUUAAGUUCGUUGGAAAGUCAAAACAAUGAAGAAUUAGAUUCUAUGGCACAGAAAGUUUCCAUGAUCAAAGACUUGGGGAUAAAAAUGGGAGUUGAAAUCAACAAAUCGGUGAAAUUGAACGAUAACUUAAAUGAAACGUUUGAAAAAGGUAAAGUCACGUUGAAAAAUACAUACAAUAAAAUGGUGGUAAUGAGUGAAAGAGCUGGUAUAAGUUGUAAAUAUUGGUUUAUAGUGUUUUUCAUAGUUUUCCUUUGGUUCUUCUACGUUUGGAUAACGUAG